UUGAUCUUGAUCUUUCAGCUUAUUUCAAGCUAGCAGUACCAUCGCCGAAAAUUAUGCAAGAGCCUCUCCAAAAAUUGAUUUUCUUCUUACUUAUGCUAUGGCCAACAUUAGCAGUUGCAACAGAAGAAUUUGUGGAUCAUUGGGAUACUUCACUUGGUGAAAGAGGAAAGAAUGAAACUCAUAGCUAUCUUAUGACAGAACCAAAGAACAUGGCAAAUAAAACAUGGAAUGAAUCAAAUGUUAUUAGAUACAAAAAGUAUUACCAUCACAAGCGUAAAGACUUUAGAACAGUGGCUGACAAUCAAAGUUUUGUACCUUUGGAUACAGCCAAUAACAUAAAAUUCAUCGAACAUAACAGCGGCAGAUCUGCCUCUGUGCAUAAUUCUUUGCUUAAAGCACAGAAAGAAUACCACAAUAUCACAAAAUAUAACUACUGGCUAGGAUAUGUUAAGCGAAACGAUAAACAUUCCAAUCAGUAUCAAAGAGCAUGGCCUCUUCCAAACUUGAAAACUAAUACAUCCAUAUUGCAAUCAGAUGAACUGAAAGUGCUUCCGUUUAGUUCUUUGCAAAAUUAUUUAGAGAUGUCAAACCAAACUGUCGAAAUCAACGUACAAAAUUUGCCUUCUGAAGACUCACCUAAUAACACUGUUCCCGUUUGUGAAAACAGUAUAUCUCCUUGCAAUGAAACCACAGGCAAAGACAUUGAAAAUGGCACAUUCUACUCAAGACGGCGUUCUGAAAAAAGCCACAUAGAUGAAUCAAUGGAGACUGGUGUAAGUCGAGGCUACCAGAAUGGGGGAAUGGGUGGAGGUGGACAACCAAUUCUUCUCAUUAAAGAUAAAGGUGAUAAUGGGGCAGAAAUGGCAAAUGGCGGAAUGAAUGGCAAAGAUAGUGUAGGGCCCUUAAUCAUGAUGCUCACUCCCUUAAUAAUGAUGUGUAUAAUGAUUCCUAUGAUGAUGAGCAUAAUGGGAGGGAUGAUGAGCUUUAUGAAAAAUAUGGCAGGAAUGAUGAUGAUGAUGACUUGGCCGCCAGGUGGUCCAGGUCUACCGCAAGCUAUGCUUAAUAAGCAUAGGAAAACAGACGAAGAUGAUCUGUCACGCGGUAGAGUUUUUAUCAGCUCAUUGAUUCUUGAAUUAGCUGAGAAACUAGAAGCAGCAAUUAGUAAAUAUGAAAACUAAAAAUCUAUUAGUAUUCAUGCAUAUAAAUUCCUCAAAA